UAUUUUGGCAGUUUUAAACAGGAAAUGUGUAGUGCGUAGCCGUAACCUCGGCUGAUACCGAUUUUUCAGAUCAAAGUCCAUCAAAAAAUAUGUAAAAUCGUGAUUAACUUGAAUCUCUGUCCUUAAUCACUGGAAGAGAUUCAUAAGAUUGUUGGAAUUGACCGGAAAAAGUGGAACAAAUUUGGAAAUGGCAGGAGUGGGUCCAAGUUCGCAGACCUCCGUUUCAGACUUGACAACACGAUCAAAGCAGAAGAUCAUUUAUGUUACCUACCUCAUAGCUGCGCUGGACAUAACAUGGAUGUUUUUACAGUUUUCUGUUACUCCUUAUUUGGCCAGGAAACUGGGCUUUGACACCCUCUGGUUCGGUUAUUUGCAAACUAUGGUCGGUGUCAUUCAGCUUCUUGGGGGACCUCUGUUUGGCAGGUUUGCAGACCUGGCAGGAGCGCGGGCAGCAUUGGGUCUGUCCUGCGCUGCAUCUGUCCUUUACUUUCUCUUGUUAGCAAUCGCUGACAAUCCUCUCAUGCUUUUCAUCCACAAACUCCCUGCUGCCUUCAUGCAUGUCCUACCCGGGGCCCAGAUGAUUGUAACAGACCUAACGGAGCCAGAGUGCAGGGCGGACGCUCUGGCCAAACUAGGAAUAUGUUUUGGCAUCGGCAUGAUUGCCGGCUCCACUUUGGGUGGUUCCCUCAGCACUCAUUAUGGGGAAACCUUCACCGCCUGCGUUGCUGCCUCUGGGAGUUUCGUCAGCUUAGUCUUAGUUUGGAAGUUUAUCCCCAAAAACACAAAACCACAAGCUCAAGGUGACAAAACUGAUGGAGAGCUUCGUGAAAAAAACAUCUUUAAUUUGCGUGAGAUAACUAGACUGAUGAGGUUUCCCAAUGUGACUAAAACAUUCACAAUAAAGAUAAUCUCAGGUUUGCCAGCAGGUAUUUUUCAGGUCAUGUUUUCCGUAAUUGCAAUCAACUUCUUCCAGCUGCAGCCUGAGCAGAAUGGGUACCUGAUGGCCUACUUUGGGCUGAUGCAGAUGGGAAUCCAAGGAGUCAUCAUUGGCCCUCUGACUGCAAAGUAUUCUGAAAACAUCCUUCUUCUUCUCUCUGUCAGCAUCUCAAGUUUAGUCGGCCUGGCUCAGGCGUACAUGAUGAACGUAUUCCAGUUCUGUUUCAUCGCCGCACCCAUGAUGUUCUCUCUCAGUGUGUUCAAUGUCAUCACGGACAGCAUGCUCACGAAGAGUGUGCCUUCCUCCGACACUGGCACCAUGCUGGGGCUGUGCGCGUCAGUGCAGUCUUUGCUGCGCACGGUUGGACCAACGAUAGGAGGCUUCCUGUACCACAACUACGGCGUAUCUUCUUUUGGCUUUAUUCAGUUUGUAGUGAACGUUGUGGUGUUAAUGUUUCUGCUUAGAGAUUUUGCCAGCGGUAAAAAAAAUCACAGAGCGUGAGAUACUGUAGUUAUAUACAAUAUAAUAGUAACUAGUUAUUGUUGAGGCUAUAUCUGAUAAGAUGCGUUUAUCUUCAUGUCUGUAAUAUAUAUAUAUAUAUAUAUAUAGUAUACACUUGUAGUGCCAUUUAGUUCACUUAAGCACUGAAGUUAAGAUAAAGUCAGAGAAAAGUUGUUUGUAUUAAGACCUGAUAACUGCAUAAACCAAACAUUGGCCAAGCCAUCUUGAAUUUGAACUUACCUACUAAAAGAUCUUAACAUAGGUUAGAUUCAUGUGGCUUUAACGCAAUUUCAAUAAAACGUUUUAUAGAACUUUCUUUCUUUCAAAGUGCUUGCCUUUAGUUUGAUAUGAGAGAACUAUAAAUACACUAUAUAAACAACUAAACUUAAACUGUGGCUGAGUGCAGUUGAACAUACUGUAAAUGUCUGGUGGAAAGAUGGUUGGUCUUCAGGAAGGAUGCUCCUGAUUGGUGGACAGAUGGUUGAUUUUCAAGAAGGAUUCCCCAUCUUCACAGAUUUCCUAGAAGUGACCAGCAAAUUCUGGAAGUAACCAGCAGGGUUAGGAUAUUAAACUUUCUUGAGUAACCUCCCCAAAGACCUUCUGCAUAGAUUCCAAUCCAAAUUGUGUGUGCAAACAGUUGCUUUUUUAAGUUGUUACAUCAUCCAAUCAGUCCAUCUGAUUUAUACAGCUGCCUUAAUAAGUACACUUAAUGCUCAACAUAACCCUAACCCUCUCUGACUGAGAUCAUCCCAUGGAGCACUUUCCAAGUUGUUUUUGUCUGACUGCAGAAUUCUAACCUCAGAGUCACUGUCAAAUAUUGUGGGCAAGAGUUAAAUAUCACGUUA